AUGGCUGCCGCGGGUAGUUCUGACCGUGUUACUAAUGUUUCUUUCAUAACCGAUUUUGUUUCAAAGUAUCAAAAAGGGCUCGAAAUGGAAUUCGACCAUGUGGGUUCAUUUCAAUUAUUUUUCGAAGUAAAAGUAUUAAGGGAACAUCGAGGCGAAAAUAUGAGUACAACGUCAAGUUUUCGAGUGUCGCCGUUCUUUUAUAUCACACAGAGUUGAAUAAACUGUUGAUGGUACGUCAAUUUCGGCCAGGUAAGAUCUAGACAUUUUUCCUAACGUUUGAAUCUUGUUUCAGCUGUUUUCGUGGGAAGAGUGUCCAGGAUGGCAGAGAAUUUAGGCAAAAGUCUAGAAGAAAUUGAGUGGGAGAAAUACGACGCAAAUCUGGGCUAUACAUUAGAACUGUGUGCAGGGAUAAUCGAUAAGGUGACGGAAAUCGGAAUUUUUGAGAUUUGAUGUUUUUUGUUUCAGGAUCUUCCAAUAGCUGAUGUAGCGCGAGAAGAAGUCGCUGAAGAAUGCGGAUAUGCCGUCAGAACCGAUGAUCUUUUGCCAAUAUUCACUUCUUUGUGAGUUUCCAUUCCAAACAAAGAAAAGGAAAAGUUUUUGAAGAACCGGAACGCAUCAAACCGGAAACACGGAUUUCAUGUUCUACGCUGAAAUCGACGAGUCCAUGAAGAUCAGUGAGGGAGGCGGCAAUUUGGCCGAGGGCGAAGCCAUCACGAAGUUGAGGCUUUUUCCGUGGAAAAAUAGAAUGAAGGAAAGUUUUCAGGUUUUCCUGACACCCGAAGAAGCCCGACAGAUGCUGGUUCCAUCGAAAAAUUGUGUUUUACAAGGUCCGGCCGGUGUUCUUCUGGCUAUACAGUGGUGGCUUCAUGGCAGGAGUAGGGGAUCUCCGGUUGGUUUUUCGAGUUUUUUCUUUGAAGGUCAAAAAUUAAAGUUCGAAGUGAAAUGCCAGCUUUGUAAGAUUCCAUUGCUACGCUCUCCAAGUUUGGUUUUUCAAAAAUAUAAAAGAAAUUGAAAAAAGUUGAAGGCAUUUUGUACCGCAUUUCUUCUGGCAUUUUCGCUUGAAUAAUUUUUUUUCUCUUUUUGGCUACAUUUCUAGGCUCUCACAGUUUCUAGAACUCUUUUGAGAAAAUUUGAUGAAAAUUGAAAUAUUUUUUGUAUCUCUUUUUUUCUCUGCAAAACGCUUAAAAUUAUUUUUCUUCACUCUGAGAAUUUUCGAAUUUUGGGUGUAGGACAAUAAUACGAGAAAAAUCACACCAAUUGAGCCAAAUUAAAAAAAUUUUUUUUUCAAGCCAUCAGUAAUUUUAAAACAUCAUAAAAGGAUUUUUCCCAGUUUAUUUUACUUCAAAGUGUUGAUCUUGAAUUUAAAAAAUUACCGAACAGUAUUCUUUCAUGAUUAUACUAACAUAGGCAAAGUCGGAAAGGGUGGAAGAAGGGUCCAUAGAAAUGUUCCCUUUAGGGUGAGGAAGGUUCCUUUUUUGCUGCCUUUUUGCGCCAUUUCACAGGCGCUUAUGCACCAUUUUUGAUGCUUAUUCCUUUUCCACCAUUUCUUGAGCCUUCAAGAUUCCAGAAAAAAUGAAAAGCUCGAUAAAGGGACCCUUUUUGCGGCCUAUUUUGAGCUUCUCCCUUUUAGCAGCCAUGAUCCACCAUUCCGACUUCGCUCGAGAUAAUAGAAAAUGAAAUCUUGAAUAAAAUGGAACUUUUUGAAGGCCAAGUUUUCAGAUAACAAGCUCCAACGACAUCUACGAGCCGAUAAACACGAAAAAUCUCUCCAAUUUCUCCUUCAAAGACGCCUUGUACCGACAAGUUGAUGGAUACGCUCCGAGGAGGAUGUUUUUCACCCUUGUAAGCCUUCAAAAAACGUCUCCUUUCUGAUUUCAUCGAUUUCAAGGGUCCCAUGACGAGAAGUUGGGACCUGGCCUUGGCACCCAACAACGUCGUCAUCCUGCUUUUCGACAAAGCAAGCCAAGAACUCAUUUUGACGCAAAUGUUCCGGCCUGGUGUGUCUUUUGAAAACAUUUUUAUUUCUCUUUUCUCUCAAUUCUGUUUCCAAUGGAAAAGAUUAAAAUUCAGCCGCAUUCGUCGGCCGCGCGCGGAAACUGAAGGAAAACGCGGGAAAGCAGUUGUCUGAAAUCGGGUGGGAGUCGUACGACGUCCGCUGGUCGUACCCCCUGGAGUUGGACGGAUGUCUCGUCGAACCCAAGGACGAUCUUUUCUCAACUGCGACUUCGGUCGCUCAGAAACUGGGCUACAGGGUCGACGUCGCGUCUCUUCUCCACAUUGGCCAGUUUGUGUGGGUUUUCGGCUUGAUCAACUCCAAAAAUGUCUAAAAAAUGUCCUUGUUAUUCUGAAAAAGGCUUAUCAGUGUUGGAAUUUUCUAUGCUUUUCAUAGAUUUAAAGGUAAAAGGAAUGCUUUUUUUCAUGUUUACUCCAUAAUUUCUUCUGAAUUUUUUUUGCAUAUUCUGUUUUUCCAGUGUCUCCAUAAACAGAUCUUUUGAGCUUGAGUUAUUUUUCGAGAUAUGUAUAUAUUAUUUUUUUUGUCAAAAAAGGAAUUAAUGACACUUUCAGAGGCUAAAGUCUUCAUUUUAGGGUAGUUCUUUUUAACUGCGUUUCUUUUUCACUCACAAAUCAUUUUCAAUUUUUUAAUAUAUUUUUUAAACUAGAAAACGAUUUUUCAAAACGAACUGGAUAAUGCAGAAAAUUUUCUUUUCAAAACUGAACUCAAAAUUUUGAGAAUUUGAGAUUCACAAGUUCAUUCUUGUCGUGAUAUAAUGAUUGAAUUGAUUCCGCGGAAUUCGAAAUAGCCGUCAGAGGGUGAAAAAGAUACCUAAAAGUUGGAGAGCCAGAGAUAAUUUUGAAUUUCCAGCACGGGUGUCUCGCAAUCCGGUAACGUCCAGGACGUUUUCUUCUCAACUGUUAAUGGACCUUCGACAAAACCUCUUGACACUGAAUCCGAUGUCAUUGAGGUAAAACUGGCAACAAAAAACCAUUUUAUUUUUAUUUCUAAGAGACGAUUCCACGUCUCCGUCCUUCCUCAGCUCUUCCAGCAGCGAUCUCUCGGACCACCCACCACUUAUUUUGCAAUCCAAUGGUUCCUCGAAAAUCAGAGUCUCGUUAACACUUAA